AUGGAAGAAUAUAUUGAGACAUUUUCCCAACAAAUUGAUUGUGGUGAAAAAUUAACUAUAAUUAUGUCAAUUAUUCUUCCAUUUUUUGUUAUUUUUUCUUUACUUAUUUGUUGGAUUAUGAGACCUUAUUAUCCACAACAAGCAUCAAGUACAUUAAUCAUAUCGAAUCACAAUCGUCUGAUUGUCUCAAACAUUCCUAGAAAGAGACAAGUGGACAUGCUUGUACAACAGUGGUGA